UUCCUGGUCCAGGAGGAUAUGAUGAGUGGAGAGAUGUAUGAUAUAAUCAGAGACACCAAGCCCAGUCAGAACCAGAUGAGGGAGCUGUACAAAGUCUUAAUUUCAGGUGGAGUUAAAGUCAAAUCUGCCUUCUACAAGAUCCUCCAGGAGAAAGAGCCUUAUUUGGUCCAGGAUCUGGGUGGAUUGACUAGGAGCCCUGGGGAGAAGAAAGAUGCCAUCACACAAAAAGUUAAAGAAAAACAUAAAGCCAAUCUGAAAGAGAAGUUUAUAUUUCUGUGUGAAGGAACUACAGAGGAAGAAACUCGACUUGAUAGCAUUUACACACAUCUCUACAUCACACAGGGAGAGAGUGAAGGGGUUAACGAACAACAUGAGGUUAGACAGAUUGAAUAUACAUCUAGGAGAAGAAACACAUCAGACACUCCCAUCAACUGUAAUGACAUCUUCAAACCCUCACCUGGAGAGAAGAGUGAAGAGGAGAGACCCAUCAGAACCGUCAUGACAAAGGGCAUUGCUGGAAUCGGAAAAACAGUCUCAGUGCAGAAGUUCAUCCUGGACUGGGCAGAGGGGAGAGCCAAUCAGGAUUUGGAUUUCAUUUUUGUGCUUCCUUUCAGAGAACUGAAUUUGGUCCAUAAACUCCAAUACAGUCUUCAAGGACUUCUGAAUUACUUCCACCCUGAACUUGGAGAAAUAAAGGAUGCACAGAAAUAUGCUGACUGUAAAGUAAUGUUCAUCUUUGAUGGUCUGGAUGAAAGCAGAUUACCAUUAGAUUUUAAUCACAACUUGAUGCUGAGUGAUCUUAAUGAGACAUCAUCAGUUGACAGGUUGAUGACAAAUCUCAUUAGUGGCAAACUGAUCCCCAAAGCUCUCAUAUGGAUAACCUCCCGACCAGCAGCAGCUAAUCAGAUCCCUCGUAAGUACAUCAGCAAGGUGACAGAAGUACGAGGGUUCAGUGACAAAGAGAAAGAAGAAUACUUUAAGAACCGAUUCAGAGAUGAGAACCAGGCCAACAGUAUCAUCUCACACAUUAAUACAUCAAGAAGCCUCCACAUCAUGUGUCACAUACCAGUCUUCUGUUGGAUUACUGCCAGGGUUCUUCAGCACAUGAUGACUGAAGGAAAGAGUGGAGAUAUCACAACUCUGACUGAGAUGUACUCUCACCUCACACUCAUUCAGACAAAUCUGAAAAGCAUGAAGUACGAUGGCAAAACUGAGGAUGAAUGGGACACAAUCACAGAAACAAACAAGGAAAUAAUUCUCAAACUGUCACAACUGGCAUUUAAACAGCUGGUGAAGGGAAACAUCAUAUUCUAUAAGAAAGACCUGGAAGAGUGUAGGAUUGAGGUCACUGAAGCCUUGGUGUACUCUGGGUUUUGUACAGAAAUCCUGAAAGAAGAGUUUGGAUUGUAUAAGAAGAAGGUGUACUGCUUUGUUCACCUGAGCUUCCAGGAGUUCCUUGCUGCUCUGUAUGUUUUCCACUGCUGUGUGACCAAGAACAUCAAGGACCUGAAGUGUUUCAUUGAAGAUGUGUCUAUAGAACUGCCCUUUCAUCAGCUGCUGAAUAUGAUAGUGGUUAAAACAUUGGAGAGUGAGAAUGGACACCUGGACCUGUUCCUCCGCUUCCUUGUUGGCAUCACACUGGAGUCCAACCAGAGACUGUUACAAGGCCUACUGCCACAGACAGAGAUCAGCUCAGUGACUGUUGAUGAAAUAAAGAAAUACCUCAGGAAGCCGAAUGUAGAACAAGUCUCACCUGACAGGUACAUCAAUCUACUCAUCUGCUUGACUGAGAUGAAAGAUGAUUCAGUACAUGGUGAUAUUGACAAGUUCCUUAAGUCAAAAAACCAAACAGAGCAACUAUCAGGUACACACUUCUCAGCACUGGCCAACGCACUGCUGAUGUCAAAGGGUGUGCUGGAUGAGAUUGACCUGAGGACAUACAACUGGUCACCUGGGUGUACGAGAAUUGUCCCAGCUGUACGGAAAUGUAGAAAGGCAAUAUUGGGUGAUUUUACACUCUCUGAGGAGGACUGCAGAUCACUGGCUUUUGCUCUCCAAUCAGCAGGCUCAUCUCUGAGAGAACUGGACCUAAGGAACUGUAGGCUGUCUAAUGACGGGUGGGAAAUCUUUACUGCUCUGAAACAUCCUCACUGUAAACUACAGACUCUGAGCCUGAAUGGCUGUGAUCUGACAGAGAGAUCUUGUGAAGCGUUGGCCUCAGCUCUGAGAUCAAACUCCUCUCAUCUGAAAGAGUUGGACCUGAGUCACAAUGACCUGCUGGAUUCUGGAGUGAAGCUUCUCCAUGAGGGACUGGGGAAUCAGAACUGUAAAUUGGAACGACUGAGGCUGUCAUUCUGUAAAGUCACAGAGGAAGGCUGUGCUUCUCUGGCUUCAGCUCUGAGUUCAAAUCCCUCCCACCUGAGAGAACUGGACCUGAGCUUCAAUCACCCAGGAGACUCUGGAGUGAACCUGCUCUCUGCUGGACUGGAAGAUCCUGACUGUAGACUGGAGAAGCUCAAUGUGGACCAUAAUGAUGAAAUCUGGGAAAAUACACAGCUAAUGAAGAAAUAUUACUGUGAUCUCACUCUGGACCCAAACACUGCGUACAGAUAUUUUUCUCUGUCUGAGGGGAACCGACGGGUAGAAGAGAACAUGCUACAGGAGCGUCUGUUUCCUGAUCACCCGGAGAGAUUUGAAUCCUGGACACAGGUGCUGUGUAGAGAGGGUCUGACAGGUCGCUGUUACUGGGAGGUGGAGAGAAGAGGGAUGGCUCACAUCGCAGUGACAUAUAAAGGCAUCAGAAGAAAGGGGAACAGUAUGGCUUGCAUGCUUGGAUGGAAUGACAAAUCCUGGAGUCUGUACUGCCUGACGGAUCAUUACAUUACCUACCACAAUAGGGAACAGACAAUUAUACCUGUUCCUCAACUCAUCCACCCUCCUCAACCCCAGAGAGACCUGACCUCUCCUCCAUCCAGAGUAGGAGUAUUUCUGGACUGGUUGGCCGGCACGCUGUCCUUCUAUGAGGUCCACUCUGACACAAUGACCCACCUGUACACAUUCCACACCACAUUCACUGAGCCCCUCUACCCAGGGUUUAAGCUUGAGCAUUCAGUGACUCUGUGUCAGGUAGUGUAACUUCCUGUGUCACUGAGGAACUCCAGUCUCUCCAUGGUAACACAGUGUC